UUAGGGGGCGCUGUAAGGCCCCUCCUCUCCCUCUCUGGGCCUCUUAUAGAGUCUGAGCCCUGCCCGGCCGAGGCCCUCAGGCACACUCCACAGCGACCAGCACCAUGCCUAUGAUACUGGGAUACUGGGACAUCCGCGGGCUGGCCCACGCCAUCCGCCUGCUCCUGGAAUACACAGACUCAAGCUACGAGGAAAAGAAGUACACGAUGGGGGACGCUCCUGACUAUGACAGAAGCCAGUGGCUGAAGGAAAAGUUCAAGCUGGGCCUGGACUUUCCCAAUCUGCCCUACUUGAUUGAUGGGGCUCACAAGAUCACCCAGAGCAACGCCAUCCUGCGCUACAUUGCCCGCAAGCACAACCUGUGU